AUGAGUUUGGGUUUCAAGGUAUACAAUACUAACGGGAAUAAUGAAGUAAUCAACAAGAGAAGGAAGUUAAGUAUUGGAAGUGAGGGAAGUGAAUCAACUGGAGAGAAACUAAACGAAAGCUUUAAUAGAUUGAAUUUGAGUGGGGGCAAUCCUUCCAGUUCAUUUUAGCCAUAUGUUAAGAUAGCAAUCCCUCAAGUCCCUCAAACUGAGAGAUCUCUACCUAAACCCCCAUAAUUGGUUUUGGGGAUUCAGAAGUAUCUCAAAUUGGGGGAAGAAUUAGAUGUCUCAGAUCUCUUAACCAAGCCUUUUAAUGAUCUACAAUAGAUUCAGAACAAUCUAGCUCAAACCUAAUAGAGAUUACACUUCAUCCCCUUUGGAAUGCCUGCCAAUUAUGAAAAAUUAAUGGCCGAAGCUUAGCAAGUUCUCAAAACUGAAAUAAGAGUUGAAGAAGAAAGACAGAAAAGAUCUAUGGAUGACUUUCUCAUCGAAUAGAAACUAAUGAACCCAGGAUAGAAACUAAGUAGAGAAGAAAGAGCCGCGAAAGUUGCUGCCUAUUUGGAGAAAAAACACAAUAGACAGUGGAAACAAGUCAGAUACCCUGUAAGAAAGAAUCUUGCAGAGUUCCGGUAAAGAGAAUAGGGAAGAUUCACUAAAACCGAUAAACCCCGUUUCAACCAAAGUCUGAUCAUGCUAGAUAAGGAGGAAAGGAAAAUGGAAACAUUGGCUAAUUCAUAUUCUUGA